AUGCCCGGGCCAUCACAAGGUACCAAGAAGUCGGUGACGUUCAAGAUUCUGCAAGUCAAACUUAAAGGCUUGCAGGAUAUUUUCGACAAUAUUUUCAAGUUCGUGGAAUCGCUGCAUUCAGCUACUGUGUCUGCCAGUGAUGUGAAAGUGCGUUUAGAAAGAAUUGAUGAAUCAUGGGAAAAUGUCAAUAGUGCCAUUAUGGAGUUGGAGGUUCAUGACGACUAUGAUGCUGCCGAGUACGACUACGCCCAGGAUCGAGCAACGUUUGCUGACCGCUUCUACACCGCGAAGGCCAGGUUGAUGGAUAAGGCGAGACAGUUGGAAGACAGAAUUUCUCUGAACUCUACGAUUGUUGGAUUGGAAACUUCGCAGCACCCUACCGUGGAGCAUGUUCGUUUGCCGCAGAUCAAGUUGCAGACUUUCGAUGGGAAUGUCGACGAAUGGCUGAGCUUCCUUGAUUUGUACACUUCGCUGAUACACUGCAAACCUGAUCUACCUGAAAUCGAAAAAUUCCACUACUUAAAGGGAUGUUUGGCAGGUGAAGCAAAGGCUUUAGUCGACCCCUUUCCUAUCGCCAGGGCCAACUAUCAAAUUGCGUGGGACCCGAUGACGAAACACUAUAACGAUAGUAAGCUGCUUCGACGUCGACAGGUGCAAACUCUUUUCAAUCUACCAACCCUUGCGAAGGAAUCUGGAGCGGAGCUGCAAUCAUUGCUAGAGAGCUUUGAAAGAGCAGUGAAUACACUCGACCAACUGGUAACGCGAGUCGAUUAUAGGGACUUGCUUCUUCUGUACAUCUUGAGUUCACGAUUAGAUGCAACAACACGCCGAGGCUGGGAGGAGCAGUCGUCGUCCAAGGAAAAGGAUACACUUAAGGAUCUGACGAAGUUUAUCCAUGGCGCGUUCGAGUUUUGGGUUCACUUCCGGUCAAGCCGGAAUCGAAGGCUGAUUUCCCGCAGUCGUCAAGGAGACGACAAGUACCAACCAAGAUAA